AUGAAACCCGUGAGCCUUAGUUUUGCAGAGUUUCGAUCAUGCCACUUGCUUCUGGGGAUUGCUCUUGCAGUGUGCUUUGACCGAAUCUCAUCCACCACCAAUGAAAUAGACAGACUCGCACUGCUCGCCUUUCAGGCCGGCAUAUCCGAAGAUCCUUUUGGGGUGUUCAGCUCAUGGAACGAUAGCAUUGGGUUUUGCCAAUGGUAUGGCGUUAUAUGCGGCCGGAGGCAUCAGAGGGUCACAGUCCUGGACUUGCGAUCACAAGGACUGUUCGGAUCAAUCUCUCCUCAUAUCGGAAACCUCAGCUUCUUAAGGGAAAUGCGGCUGCAAAACAACAGUUUCAAUCAAGAAAUCCCUCCACAGCUCGGCCAGUUGCGCCGCCUACGUAUUCUGAAAUUGACCAGCAACUUGUUAGUUGGCAAAAUUCCCAGAAACAUAUCGGGUUGCUCGGAUUUGGUCCUCCUUUGGCUUGGGAAGAACGAACUAACUGGAGAAAUUCCUAGAGAGCUUGGAUCAUUGCUGAAGCUACAGGAGUUCGCUUUGCAUGGUAAUAAUCUUACCGGGAGUAUGCCUUCCUUUAUUGGGAACUUAUCUUCACUGGAGGUCCUUUUCUUAAGCGAGAACAACUUGAGCGGGAGCAUUCCCCAAGUUUUAGGCCACCUGAAAAACUUGCAAUUCAUUGGCUUUGCAGCAAACGGAGUGUCGGGUACGAUUCCAUCUUCAUUACUCAAUCUCUCUUCCCUAACUCAGUUUGAUGCUGCAAACAACCAGAUACAGGGGACACUUCCUGCAAGCAUAGGUCUCAAACUCCCAGAUCUUGCAAAUUUUAGCAUUUUCAGGAACCAACUUCAGGGACCAAUUCCUCCGUCUAUAUCGAAUUGCACAAAGCUAAAUACUCUUCAGCUUGGACAAAACAAAUUUUCUGGAAAAGUACCUUCUUUAGAAAAUUUGUGUAAUCUUAGUUGGCUUCAAAUCCAUGGUAAUCAACUUGGCAGUGGAGAACCUGAAGACUUGAACUUCCUUUGCUCAUUAACCAACAACAACAAAUUAAUGUACGCAGGAAUCAACGGGAACAAGUUUGGUGGAGUGUUGCCUAUAUGCGUAGGUAAUUUAUCCAGCACUCUCAUGGCAGUUAAUAUAGGCAAGAAUCAAAUAUCUGGAAAGAUUCCGGAAGAAAUUGGGAAUUUUAUCAACCUAGAAGUGUUGCAUAUGAAUCUCAAUAAGCUUUUAGGUGUUAUCCCCUCAAAUUUGGGAAAUAAGACAGUGAUGGAACCAGUUUCAAGUUCAAGGGAUGAUUCAUGUCCAAACGUAUCUUAUGGAACACUCCUAAAAGCAACCGAUGGUUUUUCUUCGACAAAUUUGAUCGAUGCCGGAAGCUUUGGUUUGGUUUACAGGGGUGUACUUGAGGUCACUGGAACUACUGUUGCUGUGAAGGUGCUUCAUCUAGUCUGUCACAGUGCUCUGAAGAGCUUCAAUGUCGAGUGCGAGGCAUUAAAGAACAUCAAACAUCGAAAUCUUUUGAAGAUAUUGACAGUUUGCUCUGAAUAUGCAAUGGGGUGUGAGGUUUCAAGAGAAGGUGAUGUCUAUAGUUACAGCAUUCUUUUACUAGAAAUGUUCAUAGGAUUAAGUCCCACCGAUAACACCUUUAGAGACAAUUUGACUCUUCAUGGUUUUGUCGCAAAAGCUUUGCCUGAACAAGUGCUCGAAAUCACGGAUAGCGCUCUGCUUCAAGAAAGAGAGAGCCAUUUAGGUCCUUAUAAUUAG